AUGUUAAUUAGAAUAGAACUAUCAGCACCAGGAAGAGUAAUAGGAGAUGAUCAUUUAUAUAAUGUUAUAGUCACAGCUCAUGCCUUUGUAAUUAUAUUUUUCUUAGUUAUGCCAGUUUUAAUAGGAGAAUUUGGAAUUAUAUCUCAAAUUGUACCUAUAUUUAGCUCAAAAAAUCAAGUCUUUGGAUACUUAGGUAUGAUAUAUGCUCAAUUGGCUAUAGCUUCUUUAGGUGGAUUAACUGGUGUAAUUUUAGCUAAUGGAUCAGUAGAUAUUUUAUUACAUGAUACAUAUUAUGUAGUAGCUCAUUUUCAUUAUGUUUUAUCAUUAGUUGCAGUAUUUGCUAUGUUUGGAGGAUUUUAUUUUUGA